UCCUCUCAGGCGGCCUUCUCCACUCGAGGAGAAUCAAGCGGUCCUCUCAAUCCGGCGGUACCAACUUUUGGUCAUGGGGUGGUUGAUAACGAGUAUGAGAGAGAAGAGAAGGAAGAUGAAGAAGGGAAGGAAGAGGAAAAGAAGGAUGAGGAUGAGGAAGAAAGGAAUGAGAACGAGUCAAAGAAAGAAGAGGAGGAGAAAGAAGAGAAGGAGGAAGAGGAAAAGAAUGAUGAGGAGGAGGAAGAAGAGAAAGAGAAGGGGGCUAAGAAAGAAGAGGAUGAGAACGAGCAUGAGGUGUUUGCCAAUGAGUUGAUUCAUGAGGAGAGGUCCGAGAAUAAGUCCCCUCAGGAUUUGGAGCAGGUGGUUGAGAAUGAGGCGAUUGAUGAGAUGGCUGAUGUGGAGAAGAAGCCUCCUGAGAUUAUUGAGAGUGUGGAGCAGGCGGUGAACACUAAAAUUAAUGAGAGUGAGAAGAAGUCUCCUGAGAUUAUUGAUAGUGAGAAGAAGUCUCCUGACAUUGUCGAGAUUGCUCAUGAG